UCAAGGACGUCACUAUUAUUUAAUUUACAAAAUAAUAUAAUUAAGGUAGCGAUGUUCGACAGAGUCUGAUAACUCAGGCAUAAAAAAUGAAUCACUUCAUGGUCCGUUAACAGUGGAACCUUGGUUAUAACCUACGAUUUGUAUAUAAAAGACGAAGAUAUAAUGUUUGGUAUCAUUCAAAUCAUCACAUUUGGUGAAAUAACAACAAUGUUCGCUAAGAUUGCAGUUAUCGCCGCCUGCAUCUUUGGCUUCGCCCAAGCUGGUGCUCUAGCCGGCUAUGGAGGGCUAGGCUAUGGCGCUGGGCUUGGCUACGGCGCUGGACUCGGCUACGGCGGCUACGGAGGGUUGGGCUAUGCUGGCUACGCCCCGGCCACUUCAUACGUGCACCGUGUAGAUUACAAUACCGACCAUCAUGGUUACGAUGGCUACGGAGCCGGCUACGGUGGCUAUGGAGCCGGCUACGGUGGCUAUGGAGCUGGAUAUGGCGGCUACGGUGCUGGCUACGGCUAUGGCGGUUACGGUGGUUACGGAAACGGUCUCUAUGGUGGUUAUGGCGGAUGGUAAUUAAAACAGAUAAACGAGAUGAUCAAAAAAACAACAUUUAAUAAAUUAAUUGUGAUUUGUAUGGAAAUAAAUUAACUAUGUAUUUAUUUUA